AUGAUGAUGUUGAAAAAUAACCAUCAACACAAGUCAGUAGAUAUACCGAUAAACCAGGAGCCAAAAACAUUUGAACAACACAGGCGUGAAAUGCUGACCGGAUUACAGCAUAGACAUAAAGGAAGAAAACGACCUAGGCUUGCAAAUACUCCACACACUGAUACGUGGUCGGAUGUGAUAGAUAAUUGGGUUGAUUCAUCUUGGCGCAGUUGGGAUGAUGAGAUGUACAGACUAAGGCGUGGGAUGUUCGCACUUUUGCCUCUUGAUAUUUUUGGUCUGAGAUCAUCUUAUCCAGACCCCUUUGACCUGAUGAACCAAAUGGAAGAUGAGAUUGAGGAGAUUCGGAAUCGCGUGGGCAUGAGUAGAGUUCCAGGAGUUGGUGCUCUUAAUGACUUCUUGAAGGAUGCUUAUGAGGUUGGUGAAGAUGGGAAGCUUUACUUCAAGGUACAUUUCGACACGAAUGGUUUUACCCCCGACGAUAUCAAGGUUGACUCUACAGAACAUCGUUUGACAGUUCAUGCGAAGAAAGUUUCAGAAUCUGAUUCAUCAAAAUCUUCUCGUGAGUUUUGUCGGAUGAUAGAGCUUCCUCAAACAAUCGAUCAUAACCAAUUGAAGUGUCGUUUGACAGAAGAUGGCGUUCUUAUGUUAGAGGCUCCUGUGAAAGCCCCCGACUAUGAGUCAAUCACAUUCACGGAUAAUCGUCGACUUGGGAUUCAUCCAAAGUCAGCAGAUCAGAUCCAGUCAGUCCCAGCAUCAAAGGCACUUGCUGUGAAAGGUGUAUCUGGUCCAACAAUUUUAGACGAUGAAGUAAAUGGAAAGCGUCUGCAUUUAGAAGUACCUGUUGAUCCAGUGUAUAAGCCCGAGGAUUUAUGCGUAAACGUAGAUUCCAAACGUGUUGUCGUGUCAGGAAUAAGUUAUCAUAAAGACAGUGGUUAUUUUAACAAGAAAAGGAGCAGUUCGUAUGCCGAGUUCACUCAUUCGUACGAAAUUCCAGAAACAGUAGAUCCGUUAUUAGUGACAGCUCAACUAAUUGACAAUAGAUUGAUUUUGGAGGCUCCUUUGUUAAAACGGCACACAGUCAGUUAUUAA